AUGGACUUUGUGAAACGACCCGUAGGCAACUUCCCUGGGAAGUGUCGCAAACGCAAAAGGCCACUGGUAAAUAUAACAAUGGCUUCAGGAGUGGUUCAAAUAAGCUAGCUGAUCAAGCACUGGUCCGUUCAUUACAUUGGUCACGAAGCAUCUAGUAAGAUACAUAAGUAGAAUAUUGGUCGUUCAAAUACUGAAACAAGUUUCGGUUUCAAAUCGUGUGUACAGCAGUGUUGGCUGCUGAGGGGAGGAUGGCUCAUAAUAAUGGCUGGAAUGGAGUCAAUGGAGUGGUAUCAACCACAUGGAAACCACAUGUUUGAUGUGGUUGAUACCACUCCAUUGACUCCAUUCCAGCCAUUAUUAUGAGCCUUCCUCCCCUCAGCAGCCUCCACUGGUGUACAGUAGAUUAUCUUCUUAUUCAUAUGAUCCUAUAUUAUUAUGUAAUGUGUUAUAAUUUCGUGGUCUCUGUCAGCCCGGGCCACCAGGUCCUCCUGGCCCCCCAGGCCCCCAGGGACCUCCUGGAUCCCCCGGGGCAGAGGUCACCCAGGAAGUCCUCCUCCAGGAGUUCAAGGAGAUGAUAAAAGGUGAUAUCAUAUAAAGUCCUAAAAUGUCAUAUAAAGACACAAUUUGAUAAAGUCUGAUCUGGUCCUUCGCUGUGUAUAAGAGGACUCAUUGAUUUCAAGACAUUGGUGUUUGAUUGUUACUACUGAUGGAUCAUUGUCUCAGUGAAGGCUGAAGUAGUUCAUUAGUACCUGACCAUCCACGGUAGAUAUCGGGUCAGCAAGCUCACUACUCUAUCAAUGUACUGUAGUGCCAGAGAACGUUUUUCCUAUAGUUUAAAGUCAAGUCCAUAUUCUUGUCAUCUUUCUAGUUGAGAUUAUCUCAUAUUCCUUCUGUGUUUUAAUCAGAAGCUACAGAGAGGAGAGCUGCUGCAGUAGACAGGCAGACCAGUACCAGUCCUAGUCAGAUACCCACGGUCCUCAUCGCCCUGGAAGGAAUUCCCUCUUACAGGAGGAUAGAGGAAGCCUUCCACUGUAAACUCAAAGGACCUGUGGUUAUCGACAAGAAGACACUGAUGGAGUUACAGAACUUUCAGACGGUAUGUUUUGGAGGAACAAUUGAGAAGUUUGUAAAGAAUCUAGAAGUUUGGGAAGUAUUUGGUCACCCCCUUGACCAUCUUCUUUAUCCUCUUGUCUUACUCUUAACCAUUCAGUACACAAUAUCAAGCCCAUAUUAAUAUUCACAAUCAGGUUUCUUUCUGUUUUCUUUCUUUUAGCUGUGUUUGAAUAUUGGGUUUGAAGAUUUAACCAGCAAUGAUUCUGCGUGAUGUAUAAUUAUGAAGCCAGGAAUCCUUAGGGAACACCCAUCCCUAGAGUCUGACAAAGCUGUACGAGGCUGGAGCUUAGACUGGCUCCUUAGUCCUUAGUCAAAAAAUGCAAUGCUCCACAUCACUUUCUGGGUCGGCAUACAAAAGGCACUCUGUCUGUGACUUGGAAUAUGGUGUGGAGAGGACAAAUUUAGACACUGUUUAAAUUAGCAUGCUGUAGUGGAAGAACUAUGUACAAGGACAUUCUGAGGCGGGAGGUUAAAGGGGCAAUCAGCAGUUGUUACAUCAAUUUUUGGACGUAUAAAUGAAUUAUAUGUACCCAUUGAUUCUUGAAGAAUAUAACUUAUACAAUUCGUCAUGAGCUUAGUUUAACUGUCGUACCCCAUCAGAACCCAAAAUAUAAGCUUGUUUUACUCCAAUGUUUGUUAACAAAGUAAAUGUAAACAAACACUGUAUAACCUCAAAAGAUGGUUAAAACUAUAAAUUUGAUAUCAUGGAUGGUCAGUCCUUGCAUCCAUAGCUUUGUCUAUGAAUUUGAGAGUGAUUACAUUUCUCCAGCCCCAUCCCUCAGCAUUUUACCAAAACAGUGGCAGGGAAAGACUUUGUUAUUGUUUCAACUGCUGAUUGGCCCUUUAAGAGUAGACAUAUACCAAGUUUAAAAAAUGUCAGUUGGAAAAGUUCGGAUUGAUUGCUUGGGUGUUCACUUUGGCAAACGUACUGAUAUCAAUUGAGCCCAAAUUUGAGAUGUAAAACUUCUAUUCGUCAGUCAUUGUAUAACUCCAUUCUGCAAGUCACAUUGUAUUUCUCCUUCCAGCCUCUUGCCAAAGGUGCCUUUCUCAGAGGGACAGGGAUGGACCAAUCCACAGGACGAUUCACGGCUCCCGUCACAGGGAUCUACCAGUUCUCUGCUAAUGUUCAUAUCGGUAGGGAAUGCUUCUCUACUAUAAGGAAAUCUAAUUAACUGGGAAUCAUCUUGGGAAAUAUAUUGAUUUGGAAGUUGGAAUUAAAUAUCGAGACAAUGAAUGAGGGCCCAUUUAUACAGACAUUUUUCUAAAAUAUUGUAUCUUUUCAGAGGACUCUGUGACCUUUUAUUCAGAGAGGUGUUUCUGAGAUGGAUAAUUUAUGACCUCAGAGUAACUCUGUUUUCUCCCUGAAGACCACAACGAGGUGAAAAGGAGUAAGAGUCAGCUGAGAGCCAGGGACAAUGUGCGAGUGCUGAUCUGCAUCGAAUCCCUGUGCCAUCGAUAUACGUGAGUACCAUCAGUCUCAGUCGGUAAUGCAUUCAUAAAGCCUUUAUAACAGCUAUAAUACACAAUGUAACAUUUGUCAUAAGCUGUCAUAAGUCGUUUUAAAUAGUUAUGAGUAACGGCAUAAGAUGUAAUUAAACUAGUUUUAAUGGGUGUUACAGAUAACUGUUCAUCCUGUUGUCAUAUGCUCUAAUGUCAACUGUUAAUAACAACUGCUAUUACACAGUCUGCAUGACAACUUAUGCCAUAUGUUAUUACAUGCUAAAUAAGAGUCUACAUACCAUGCGUUAUAAACAGGGUGUUAUGUCAUUUACCAACCUCUGUGUCACAUUAUUACAUUUCAUCGAAUGAUUGGUCACAAUUUUUUUUACAUUUUAGUCAUUUAGCAGACGCUUUUAUCCAGAGCGACUUACAGUUAGUGAGUGCAUACAUUUUUUAUUUUUUUAUUUUUUUCAUAUUGGCCCCCCGUGGGAAUCUUACCCACAACCCUGGCGUUGCAAGCGCCAUGCUCUACCAACUGAGCUACACGGGGCCAUGUCAUAUGCCCUUAAUAUAAUGUUCAAAGACACCUUAAGUAAAGUGACAUUAAUUUGAAGUGUUAUAAAACAGUUAUGAAUGUGCUUAGAUUACAGAAUGAGUUGAAACUAUCAUAAAACUUUACCAUUCAAAGGAUCUCCAACAAACAUUGGCAAAUGGGAGCACAGAUGUACUUAGGAUUUUCUUUAUUUUGACAACGAGACAAUAAACUGCUCUUAGUUGUACAAAUUGGACCAUGUCCAGAUAUAAAAAAGGACACAUUAUAAUACCAUUAACUUGCCAAAAAAACAUAAAAAUGUUAAAACGAAAUGGAAUCAAAUAGAAUUUUACAACAAAAUCAAGGUUGCUGGGGCACAACAGGAUUUGUGACAGCAAAUAAUGUGAAUAAUAAUGACACAGGUAGGUUGAGUUAAAUAACAUUUAUUAAGAUGAAAAGGUAAUUGUGCAAGUAACAUAGGAUGUAAAUGUGUAAUGUGCUAAAGAGUAAUUUUUUUAAUUACACCUGUAGCUAGUGAAGUUAGCUAGCUAGCGCUAGCAGAUAGCUAACGUUAGCUAGAUAGCUAAAGCCAUCCAUCAGUCGCGAACCGUGGCUAUUGGACCUUGCCUUUCAGCGUGGGAAAAAAUCUUCCAAAAUGUUGUACCAAACUAAAUAAUCAAGAACAUUCAAUGUUGUCUUGGUAAGCAACUUCAGUGUAUAUUUGGCCUUGUGUUUUAGGUUAUUGUCCUGCUGAAAGGUGAAUUUGUCUCCCAGUGUCUGUUGGAAAGCAGACUGAACCAGGUUUUCCUCUAGGAUUUUGCCUAUGCUUAGCUCUAUUACGUUUCUUUUUAUCCUAAAAAACUCCCUAGUCCUUUCCCUUUGACAAGCAUACCCAUAACAUGAUGCAGCCACCACCAUGCUUGAAAAUAUGAAAAGUGGUACUCAGUGAUGUGUUGUGUUGGAUUUGCCCAAAACAUAACGCUUUGUAUUCAGGACAUACAGUUAAUUUAUUUGCCAAAUGUUUUGCAGUUUUACUUUAGUGCCUUAUUGCAAACAGGAUGCAUGUUUUGGAAUAUUUUUUAUUCUGUACAGGCUUCCUUCCUUUCACUCUGUAAUUUAGGUUAGUAUUCUGGAGUAACUACAAUGUUGUUGAUCCAUCCUCAGUUUUCUCCUAUAACAGCCAUUAAACUCUGUAACUGUUUUAAAGUCACCAUUGGCCUCAUGGUGAAAUCCAUGUGCGGAUUCCUUCAUCUCCGGCAACUGAGUUAGGAAAGAAACAUGUUUGUAGUGACUGGGUGUAUUGAUACACCAUCCAAAGUGUAAUUAGUAACUUCACCAUACUCAAAGGGAUAUUCAAUGACAGCUUUUUUUUUUUUUACCCAUCUACCAAUAGGUGCCCUUCUUUGCGAGGCAUUGGAAAACAUCGUUGGUCUUUGUGGUUGAAUCUGUGUUUGAAAUUCACUGCUCAAAUGAAGGACCUUACAGAUAAUUGUAUGUGUGGUUUACAGAAAUGAGGUAGUCACACAACAAUCAUGUUAAAUAUUAUUAUUGCAGUACAUGCAACUUAUUAUGUGACUUGUUAAGCACAUUUUCACUCAUGAACUUAUUUAGGCUUGCCAUAACAUAAUUAAGUUGAAUACUUAAUGACUCAAGACAUUUCAGCUUUCAUUUGUAAACAUUUGUAAAAACAUAAUUCCAAUUUGACAUUAUGGGGUAUUGUGUGUAGGCUAGUGACACAAAAGCUCAAUUUAAUCCAUUUAAAAUUCAGGCUGUAACACAACAAAAUGUGGAAAAAGUCAAGCGGUGUGAAUACUUUCUGAAGGCACUGUAGCUAUCAUUGUUACUGUAGCCUGCACAUCUUCCUUUUUUCACAGCUGUCGCAAAUCCUGUUGUGCCCCAGCAACCUUGAUUUUGUUGUAUAAUUCUAUUUGCUUCAAAAUGUUUGUGUUUUUUGACAAGUUGUUUUUAUUAUAAUGUAUACUGAACAAAAAUAUAAACGUAAUUUAUAGUGUUGGUCCCAUGUUUCAUGAGCUGAAAUUAAAGAUCCCAGAAAUGUUCCUUUCGCACAAAAAGCUUAUUCCUCACAAAUUUUGUGUAAAAGUUGUUUACAUCCCUGUUAGUGAGGAUUUCUCAUUUGCCAAGAUUAUCCAUAUACAGUGGGGAAAAAAAGUAUUUAGUCAGCCACCAAUUGUGCAAGUUCUCCCACUUAAAAAGAUGAGAGAGUCCUGUAAUUUUCAUCAUAGGUACACGUCAACUAUGACAGACAAAAUGAGAUUUUUUUUCUCCAGAAAAUCACAUUGUAGGAUUUUUAAUGAAUUUAUUUGCAAAUUAUGGUGGAAAAUAAGUAUUUGGUCAAUAACAAAAGUUUCUCAAUACUUUGUUAUAUACCCUUUGUUGGCAAUGACACAGGUCAAACGUUUUCUGGAAGUCUUCACAAGGUUUUCACACACUGUUGCUGGUAUUUUGGCCCAUUCCUCCAUGCAGAUCUCCUCUAGAGCAGUGAUGUUUUGGGGCUGUCGCUGGGCAACACAGACUUUCAACUCCCUCCAAAGAUUUUCUAUGGGGUUGAGAUCUGGAGACUGGCUAGGCCACUCCAGGACCUUGAAAUGCUUCUUACGAAGCCACUCCUUCGUUGCCCGGGCGGUGUGUUUGGGAUCAUUGUCAUGCUGAAAGACCCAGCCACGUUUCAUCUUCAAUGCCCUUGCUGAUGGAAGGAGGUUUUCACUAAAAAUCUCACGAUACAUGGCCCCAUUCAUUCUUUCCUUUACACGGAUCAGUCGUCCUGGUCCCUUUGCAGAAAAACAGCCCCAAAGCAUGAUGUUUCCACCCCCAUGCUUCACAGUAGGUAUGGUGUUCUUUGAAUGCAACUCAGCAUUCUUUGUCCUCCAAACACGACGAGUUGAGUUUUUACCAAAAAGUUAUAUUUUGGUUUCAUCUGACCAAAUGACAUUCUCCCAAUCCUCUUCUGGAUCAACCAAAUGCACUCUAGCAAACUUCAGAUGGGCCUGGACAUGUACUGGCUUAAGCAGGGGGACACGUCUGGCACUGCAGGAUUUGAGUCUCUGGCGGCGUAGUGUGUUACUGAUGGUAGGCUUUGUUACUUUGGUCCCAGCUCUCUGCAGGUCAUUCACUAGGUCCCCCCGUGUGGUUCUGGGCUUUUUGCUCACCGUUCUUGUGAUCAUUUUGACCCCAUGGGGUGAGAUCUUGCGUGGAGCCCCAGAUCGAGGGAGAUUAUCAGUGGUCUUGUAUGUCUUCCAUUUCCUAAUAAUUGCUCCCACAGUUGAUUUCUUCAAACCAAGCUGCUUACCUAUUGCAGAUUCAGUCUUCCCAGCCUGGUGCAGGUCUACAAUUUUGUUUCUGGUGUCCUUUGACAGCUCUGUGGUCUUGGCCAUAGUGGAGUUUGGAGUGUGACUGUUUGAGGUUGUGGACAGGUGCCAUUAAUACAGGUAACGAGUGGAGGACAGAGGAGCCUCUUAAAGAAGAAGUUACAGGUCUGUGAGAGCCAGAAAUCUUGCUUGUUUGUAGGUGACCAAAUACUUAUUUUCCACCAUAAUUUGCAAAUAAAUUCAUUAAAAAUCCUACAAUGUGAUUUUCUGGAAUUUUUUCCCUCAAUUUGUCUGUCAUAGUUGACGUGUACCUAUGAUGAAAAUUACAGGCCUCUCUCAUCUUUUUAAGUGGGAGAACUUGCACAAUUGGUGGCUGACUAAAUACUUUUUUCCCUCACUGUACCUGGUAUGGCAUAUCAAGAAGCUGAUUCAAAAGCAUGAUCAUUACACAGGUGCACCUUGUACUGGGGACAAUAAAAGGCCACUCUAAAAUGUGCAGUUUUGUCAAACAACACAAUGCCACAUAUGUCUCAAAUUUCGAGGGAGCGUGCAAUUGGCAUGCUGACUACAGGAAUGUCCACCAGAGCUGUUGCCAGAGAAUGUCAUGUUAAUUUCUGUACCAUAAGCCCCCUCCAACGUCAUUUAGAGAUUUUGGCAGGACGUCCAACCGGCCUCACAACCGCAGACCACAUGUAUGGCGUUGUGUGGGCGAGCGGUUUCCUGAUGUCAACAUUGUAAACAGAGUGCCCCAUGGUGGCGGUGGGGUUAUGGUAUUGGCAGGCAUAAGCUACGGACAACGAACACAAUUGCAUUUUAUCAAUGGCAAUUUGAAUGCACAGAGAUACCGUGAUGAGAUCCCGAGGCCUAUUGUCGUGCCAUUCAUCCGCCACCGUCACCUCAUGUUUCAGCAUGAAAACGCACGACCCCAUGUCACAAGGAUCUGCACACAAUUCCUGGAAGCUGAAAAUGUCCCAGUUUUUCCAUGGCCUGCAUACUCACCAGACAUGUCACCCAUUGAGCUUUAUGAAUGCAUUCAUAAGGACACCUGCAGUGAAGUGUUACUGUCUCAGUCUAUUGAUCAUCUACCAUUCAUCAACAAAUCAGUUUGAUGAAGUUUGAAAAGGCCUUCAAUAUCUAGUCACCCUAUGAAAUACCACUCCACAAUUUUUCACCAUAUGACCAUAUGGUUUUGAUUUGUUCUGGCUUUUGCAACAUACUUGGAGUGUAGUAAAAAAAAAUACCCUGACAAACAAAACAAUAUCAAAACUAUUUUUGCUUUAUCCCCAAAAGAGUUAGCUAAUCCAUUCUAUUGUCUGCCAGGGCAGCCUUUUUUGUUGUGUUGUUGAGGCUCUAUAGUGACAGCAGUCAUUGAAUCCAUGCGUGAUAAUCAGAGUUUAAUGCCAGUUUUAUGAGCUGUUAAACAAGUUGUCUGUUAUAUGUUGUGUGGAACAAGUUAGGUAUUUCCUGUGUAAAUGUGAAGGAUGUCUUUAAACGAAAUGUCCUCUCACUCCUUCCCAUGGUCCCUUUCGCCUCCAAAUCGUUCUAGACUCCCUUUGACACCUGAGAAACCCUGCUGCUGCUUCCAACACCACAGGCCAGGAGUGGUGCCUAUUUGUCAAUUUGUUGCCUAUUGAAUACGACACUGAAUAGAGAAAUUCCCUUUUUGGGAUGUGUGAAGGAUGAAUUUUACACACUCAUUUGUAAAUACCAGAGUAUUACACACCCAUUUUCGGUGAUAUGAGUAUUGUUGUUCACAUAUUUUGGCCAUUUCUGUUUAUAUAAAGUAAGCAAAAUCUGAAAUGUUGAAACGAACGGUAACCUAGAUUUCCUCCAUAUGUACAGGCCAACAACCUUGCUUCGCAACCUGGUAAUAUGAAAGAAAUGUAUAAAUAAUAUUGUUAUCUGAAAAAGUGGCCUCAUUUUUUUUGCCUUUCCACCCCAAAGCCUCCAGCCUGUCUCGCUCUCCCACACAUGAAAAUGCAGAGAAUGUGAAAUGAGGCUCAUUGCAAUGGUAGUUAAAGUGAAGACAAACAUGAUUGAUUCACCAUAAAAAUGUUGCGUUUUCCACUAAACAGGAGCCAGUGGUCUCAGCAAGAGUUAUACGACUAGACUCCACGCCUGCUAUAUUACAUAUUACUCUCUGCACUGCAGACUUCAUUAAAGACUCACUAUAAUGAUUAUGAUGAUUCAAGACUCAAAAUGAAGCAAUGACAUGUUUAUUUAAUGUGUAAAAAAAACACAUUUUUCAUGAAGUAUCAUGCAAUUAGAUGAUUUUGUUUCAGAACGUGUUAGGUGUGUAUAGAUGAAAUAAAGUUAUUUUGAACAAGUGAAGAUCAGGAAAAAAGAUUAUGAUUCAUUAACAUUCAUUGUUUGUUUUCUUCUUCAUUGCAGGUCAUUAGAGAUGAUUGUUGGAUUGGAAAGUAACAGCAAGAUCUUCACAGUGUAUGUGCAAGGCUUGCUGAAGCUACAGGUAGGCUUGUAUUUAUCAAACCUCUCUCACCGUGAAGAUUCUCCAAUAGGGUUAAGCUGAAUAUAGAGUAAGCUAUUGCCAAAAAAGCCUUUAAGAAGGGUUGAGAAGUAGAAUUACUAUUGUAUAAUGGGUUGUAAUAUCACUAUAACAAAACAAAGUCAUCAUAUUCUUGUAUUUAAAAUGUUAUUGUAUCUCCUCAGGUUGGACAGUACACCUCAAUAUUUGUGGACAAUGGAGCUGGGGCAUCCAUCAUAAUACAGAAUGGCUCUGACUUCAUGGGCAUGUUGCUGGGUGUAUAG